UUCAGCUCACAAAACACAGUUUGAGCAACGAAAUUCCACCAACCAACAAAUGCUAAUGAGUAGUUCCUGCCAAGUUCACAUGUCAUUUCGCAUUCUACAAUUUCCAUGCUCAAAGCUACCCAACAUGCUUCUCUUCCUUCACCUUCGUCCCAACACAAACUCUACCUUCUUCCCCUCAUCAACCAUUCUCUGCUCAUCUCUCAGCGACGACUCGUUUUCAAUCCCUAAACCAACCCAGUUGGGUUACACUCCUCCAGAGGACCCGUUUGGACUCGACGUGGAACUCAAACCAAGCAAAGCUAACUCUCAAACACAAGAACCAAGGUCCUGGUUUGGUCCCAAUGGACAGUAUAUCAGAGAGCUACCUUGUCCAAGCUGCCGAGGAAGGGGUUAUACUCCUUGUACUGAGUGCGGGAUAGAAAGAUCAAGGUCAGAUUGUCCAAAAUGUAUUGGGAAGGGUAUACUGACUUGCCACCAGUGCUCUGGAGAUUGUGUCAUAUGGGAAGAAUCAAUUGAUGAGCAGCCAUGGGAGAGAGCCCGUUCUGUCUCCCCGCUUAAAGUGAUGGAAGAUGAGGAAGUUGACAACUUAGACAUAAAGCUAGAUGUGAAAAAAAGGUCCAAGCGUGUUUACCAGUCGCCACCACCUGAAGUUGGAUUAAAGAUCAGUCGCUCAUUAAAAAGUCUCAAUGCUAAGACUGGUUUAUUUAGCAACCGAAUGAAGAUUAUCCACCAGGAUCCCAUGCUUCAAGCACAGCGAGUGGCUGCUAUUAAGAAAGCCAAGGGAACUGUUGCAGCAAGACAACAUGCUUCCAAAACUAUGAAAGUUUUCUUUAGUGAUCCAAUAAACCGUCAGAAAAGGAGCUUGGCCAUGAAGGGAGUGAAGUUCUACUGCCAAACCUGUGGACGUGAAGGGCAUAGGAGGCACUACUGUCCAGAACUCAAGGAUAGUUUGAUUGUUUCGCAAUUCACGUGUAGUGUGUGCGGGGGAAAAGGCCACAACAGAAGAACAUGCAGAAAGUUGAAGAUAAGCCAUAACAAUGGGGGAGUUACAAAUCACCAUCGGUGUAAAAUAUGUAGCCAAUAUGGCCAUAACCGCAGGACAUGCCCUCAAGUUGUCUCUAAUAAAAGGAGAGACAUAACUUCUCGAAGAGCAUACAAGUGCCGAUUGUGCCAGAAAGAGGGACACAAUAUUAGGACCUGCCCUGGUAGUAGAGCUAUUACUGAACAUCCUCUGGAGUAAUAAUCCUACUUGUAACACAAGCGUCUGAACCUAAAUCUUAUUGAGGCCAUUAAUUUGAACAUACAAUGCAUUAUAUAAUUUGCUUAUUGAGUAAUACAGACUAGCCAAAACUCAGGCAGAAUUCAGCUAGGUAUUUAAGGGUGGUUGUUGGAUAAGAUGGCAGGGGUCGUGUUCAUGUAUUCAAGAGUCUUCACCAAAUUCUGGUUAGGGAUAGAAAAAUUACCCACAAGUCGAUACGUGCAAUUUGUGAGAUCUACACUUAGGGACUGAAAUCUCCUGUUCCGUAAAUUUCUGAUUGCCAUUCUUUGUGGCCAUUUCAGAAUUUCCUUUUUUCUCCUAUCUGUUGAAUAAAACCUCAGAGUUACAA